CGAGAGCCAUGGCGGGUCUGGUGGACUUCCAGGACGAGGAGCAGGUGAAGUCCUUUCUGGAGAACAUGGAGGUGGAGUGCCACUACCAGUGCUACCGCGAGAAGGACCCGGACGGUUGCUAUCGGCUGGUGGACUAUUUGGAAGGGAUCCAGAAGAAUUUUGAUGAGGCUGCCAAGGUUUUGAAGUUCAACUGUGAAGAGAACAAACACAGUGAUAGCUGCUACAAACUGGGGGCCUACUAUGUGACAGGAAAAGGUGGACUGACCCAGGACCUGAAAGCUGCCUCCAGCUGCUUUCUGAUGGCAUGUGAGAAGCCUGGAAAGAAAUCUGUGGAAGCCUGUCAUAAUGUUGGUCUCCUGGCCCAUGAUGGACAGGUCAAUGAGGAUGGCCAGCCUGACCUGGCGAAGGCCAGGGACUACUACACACGGGCCUGCGAUGGCAGCUAUGCUUCUAGCUGCUUCAACCUCAGCGCCAUGUUCCUACAGGGUGCCCCUGGCUUUCCCAAGGACAUGGGCCUGGCAUGCAAAUACUCAGUGAAAGCCUGUGACCUUGGCCACAUCUGGGCCUGUGCCAAUGCCAGCCGCAUGUACAAGCUGGGGGAUGGUGUUGAUAAGGACGAGGCAAAGGCUGAGGUGCUGAAAAAUCGGGCCCGGCAGCUACACAAAGAACAGCAGAAAAGUGUCCAGCCCUUAACAUUUGGGUAGUGUGGCCCAGCCUCCCUCCCAGGCAACAGCUCGAGGCUGGCACCUCCUGUCUCUGAGACCUGAUACAGUCCUUGAAGGUCAGCCUGCUGGAGCAGGAACACUUGGUACUUAAUAGCUCUGGUUACAUAGAUCCAUUUGCCCCAGAGUGUCACCUGCUGGGAUGUGGCCUGCAAUGUGUAUUUCAGUCAGUAAUCAUUUGUCUGGGUACGUUCUAUAAAGACACUCACACUUACGGGGUCUUAGUUUUCACACUUGGAGCUCUGUGAAAACUAGAGAGCCAUAGAGUUAAAAAAACAAAUUAGCCACAAGGCUUGAAGAAGUCAGCCAUCUCCAUCUCAGUAUCACUUUAGUUCAAAGAACUUGAAAAUCAGUAGUAUCCCAAUUUACAUAAUAAUCGAGGUCCUAAGGAGCUAAGAACAGUGAAAUACCACGACUGCCACCCUCUGACUUACGUAGUCGCUGGUGUGGGCUUCCUUUUUGCCUUUAGAGUCAGAUCUCAGUAAGUUCAUAGAUCAGGAGGGACUUGCAACAAAGGUUAAAGGUUGCGCCUCAGUUGCUGAAGAAGUGGAACCAAGCCUGCCUUCCUCUACAAGAGAUACUCACAGUUAAAAGUUAACCUCCAUGGUACUCUCCUAACACUGCUCCUCAUGCUGCUGAGGGGGCUCAUUAUUCCCGGAACAGCUCCAGCAAGGAUUUUGUGAUACAUUUUGCCCACCGGAACUGAACCUUUUGCCACAGCCUCUCAAGUGCUGGGAUUACAGGUGUGUGUCAUCACACCUGGAAGAACUGAACUUUUUGAACUAUCCCUGUAAAUAAACUAU